CUUCCGCGCCAAGCGAGCCUAGAUCCACCAAGAUACACGAUGCUGCCCACGCGUCACGGCCGCAAUGGCCGUCCCGAGACGAAUUGGCUGCUGCUGCCCAAAUUUUACGUGUACGUGGGGGCGCUGGCCAUCUUCGCGGUUGGCGCGCUCUUCGGCGGAGGCUACUACCAGACCAGCGGUGGCCGCAGCGCCAUGACGCCUGUGUUCCGCCACUUCGCGUCCCCCAAACCCGUAGUGCUAGUCACAGGAGGGCUGGGCUUCAUCGGCAGCCAUGUAGUGGAAGACCUGCUGGCCAACAACUUUGAGGUGGUUGUGUACGACGACAUGAGCAACGGCAAAAACUUCAACCGUGGCGCGGCAGCAGUACUGGUCAAGGAUAUCACAGUGGUGGACGACUUUUCCUUCAUCAUCCACAAGAUUGAUUACGUGGUGCAUCUCGCCGCCGCGAUCUCAGUAGAGGAAAGCACGCGUCUUCCCGAGAAGUACGAGCGCAUAAAUGUCGAAGGGUCGCGCAAGGUGCUAGACUGGGCUGCCAAGAACGGCGUCAAGCGUGUAGUUGCUGCUUCUUCUGCUGCCACGUAUGGUACCCCACUCCCUGAGAACCUGCCAUUGAGUGAAGAAACCGCCACUGGUGGCAUCUGCGCGUACGCCACGACCAAGUUUCAAAUGGAGAAAUUGAUGAAGCAAUUCAACGAGGACUACGGUCUUCCGUCAACGGCGCUACGUUUCUUCAAUGUGUACGGGCCACGUCAGGACCCGCACUCGUCGUACAGCGGUGUCGUCUCGUGGUUCAUGGAACAGGCCAAGAUCAACGGUACUCUGAAGGUGACUGGCGAUGGCGAGCAGUACCGUGACUUCGUGUAUGUGAAGGAUGUGGCACGUGCCAUUCGCACAGCAAUGCUCUUGGGAGACGACGAAUUCGACGUCUUCAAUGUGUGCACGGGUAUCAAAUCCACGGUUAAAUCAGUUGCGGAGCGAAUUGUUGAGAAGUUCGGAUCUUCGGCUGCUAUUGUGAACGUGCCGUUCCGCUCCGGUGACGUGAAGGAGUCAGUGUGUUCACCCGUCAAGGCUACCAACAAACUGGGCUUCACGGCAUCAUACGACUUCUCUGAUGGCAUUGGUGAGACGCGAGACUGGUUCCUGUCGCUCUAGUGAUUCUGCAUAUUCUGCGAAUGAUUCAUGCGCCUUGUAUCCUGCACCGUGUAUGCUUUUGACCUUAGAUUUUCGGCGAAGAUACAGUAGUUCUGUCCAGACAAAAAGCA